GCACCGCUCCCUUCUCCAUUCAUCCUCGGAGUGAUCAGCUGUGGUCGCCCACUUUUGCGAAUUAAACUCCCUAAAAGAGGACGUUUUUAAACGUAUUAUGUCCUCGAACAACAUGUCGGACCCGCGCAGGCAGAACAAAAUUUUGAGGUACAAACCUCCGAGCACUGAAACCAACCCGACGCUGGAGGACCCCACCCCAGACUACAUGAACUUGCUGGGGAUGAUCUUUAGCAUGUGUGGCCUCAUGCUCAAGUUAAAGUGGUGUGCCUGGAUCGCCGUCUACUGCUCCUUCAUCAGCUUUGCAAACUCCAGAAGCUCCGAGGACACCAAGCAGAUGAUGAGCAGCUUCAUGUUGUCCAUCUCCGCAGUUGUCAUGUCUUACCUCCAAAACCCACAGCCAAUGUCUCCACCUUGGUAACACGCGUGGAUCAAUCGGAACGUCACAGAUCAACUGAACAGCCAAGCAGCAAGUGAACAGGACUAUGCCAGAAGAAUGAGGAAUUAUUCAAAUGGACUCUUAAGUUAAAAGUGAUCUUUUUAAAUGCUUUUAUUGUUGAAGAAACUUUAUACAGUUUAACGAUUUACAGUGAGAUCUUACAAAUAAAGUUUUCAAAUAAAA